GUCCUGUUUACUUCGUAACGCGGCGUACUAGUACUACUACGUCCAUCACGUCUCAAUUCUAAAUACAGAUUCAUGUCUUCGCAGUAGUCGUGUGCAAAGGAUUUGGGUAAUACAAAAGUCUCUACCAUGUCGAGACGUGGCAUCAAUCCACCUUUCUCCCCUCUUUAACGUGGCAUUCACCAUGGCCCUACAGCAUUUCCCGGAGGUUAUCACGUUCCACGGGACUCCUGAUGAACUAACCGAAGAGCAAACAAUCCCUGCAUCCCUUCGUGACAUGUCUCCUUCAACGAGAGUACUUUGUUUUUUGGCACUCGGAUGCCCCGACUUUGAAGACCACUGGGAGUCACUGCAAUCCAAAGAAGGAUUCGAAGACGUGAGGAAAAGGCUGUGCUCUAUCUUGUCCAACACUAUCUCCCAUGCGAGUCUGCUUCUCGCGACAAGCUGUGUUUUCGUGUCCACAGGUUCUCCUGUGCCAUACUUUGACUAUUCCUCACCCGCGACCUAUUUCUUGCUCUUUAUGUCACUCAUGUUGGCCAUGAUUGCAGUGAUGACAUCUGGUUUGAGCAUGAUUCGCUGGCUACACACUGAUCAGCAGUGGACUCGAGAGCAACUCAGGCCGGGCGGCUACUUCCUCUUUUCCUACCUGCUAUCGAUCAUCAUGCCCAUAUUAUUUGUUGGCUUGUCCCUGAAUUGUUUCAUAUUCGCGAUGUUGAUAGCAGGCUUUAACUUCAAAAAUACUGUAUGCCGCAUCCUCACCGCGUUCUGGCUAGUCAUAUACAUUAUCUGCAUUGGGGCAAUGUUGACGGAAUUCGCGUGGAGGUAUGUGAAAGGCCUCAGAUCACAAUGAUCCGGACACCGUCAGGAGUCUCUACUCUUUCUUUUCGCCUUUUUACCGUGAAUUGGGAUCUUUAGCGCUUGUGUGGAUGUACAGUAAAUUUCAGCCCAAUAACGGGGUGGACGACACUCCGGUACUGCGUGCUUGGUUUGUAACAGUAGAGAAGUAUUUAGUUGGUUGCUUUACCUUAAAUAUACCAAUAUUUACUUCGAAU